AUGAUACCUACUUCAGAAGAAGGUAGCAAUAAGAUCCUUGUGGCAAUCCCGUUGGACCGUGACGAGAGCCAAAAUGUUCUAUCUUGGGCCAUCGAUGUUCUUGCUAAACCAAAUGAUACAAUUGUUGCUCUUCAUCUUCUUGUUGGUGACGAGCCAAAAAAGAUUCCGAUGAAGAAGAAGAAGAGAGCUCAGAUUCGUCGUGCCAAAGCUCAUGUUAUCUCCAUGCUUGGAGAGUUCGCUUACACUUGCUGCCAGAACCAAGUGAACUUGGAAGCCAAGGUAGGGUUUUGCUCAAACAUCGGAAGAGGACUAAUCAAUGAAGUCAAGUCAAUUUCUGCUCACUAUCUUGUUCUUUCCCGACCAACCAGUCACGCAUUCAGGACAUGGAAUGAGAUCACAAGGUAUGUCUCGGACUUUGCUCCGUCAAGCUGCUCUAUUGUUUUUGUCGGAAAUCAAAGGAAACCACGUAAUGUUUGCUACUCUGACUCUGAUAUUUCUCGAGACAUAAAGAGUGAGAAGUAUUCACCUCGCAGCGUACUAAGCAUUCUAUCACGAGAUCUGACUAGCUCCUCAGGCGAUGAUGCUUCAAGUUUCAGCAGUUCAGUGGUUUCUUCUAGCUUUGCUUCGCCUUCAGACAAACCCAAACAUAGGCCGAUGUCUCCCUACAGAUUCAUAUCUUCUCUUAUCAUGAACUCCCCUUUGAGGAAAUGGAGAAGAAACCAGACUAAGAACAACCCUAAACCUAAACCUCUAAUUCAAUGCUUUACUUACAACGAGAUCUCUAAAGCCACAAAUGAUUUUGAUCAAGAGAACAUAGUAGGUAUAGGAGGGUACUCUGAAGUGUACAGAGGAGAUCUAUCUGAUGGAAGAAGAGUCGCAGUGAAGAGAUUAACUAAAGAGAGUGGUGACAUGAACAAGGAGAAAGAGUUUCUUACGGAACUUGGCAUCAUAAGUCAUGUCUCUCAUCCAAACACUGCUAUUCUCUUAGGUUGUUGUGUUGAGAGAGGCCUCUACCUUGUCUUCAGGUUCUCUGAGAACGGAAACUUGUACUCUGCCUUGCACGAGAAGGAAAAUGGGUCGUUGGAUUGGCCUAUACGGUACAAGAUUGCAGUAGGAGUUGCUAGAGGGCUUCAUUAUCUGCACAAACGCUGCAAUCAUCGGAUCAUUCACCGUGAUAUCAAAUCUUCCAACGUUUUACUUGGACCCGAUUUUGAACCGCAGAUAACUGAUUUCGGAUUGGCGAAAUGGCUGCCUAACAAAUGGACUCACCAUGCGGUUAUACCGGUUGAAGGAACCUUCGGUUAUCUAGCACCAGAGUCCUUAAUGCAAGGAACCGUAGACGAGAAAACUGACAUCUAUGCAUUUGGUAUUCUCCUUCUUGAAAUCAUAAGCGGACGAAGACCCGUGAAUCCUUCUCAUAAACACAUUCUCUUAUGGGCGAAGCCGGCGUUGGAGACAGGUAACACAAGAGAGUUGGUGGAUCCAAAAUUGCAAGAUAAGUACGAUGAUCAACAGAUGAAUAGGCUUGUCCUUACAGCUUCACAUUGUGUCCAACAGUCACCGAUAUUACGACCAACCAUGACUCAGGUACUAGAAUUGCUCACAAACGGGAACGAGGCUGAGGUUGCAAACAGCUGGAGAAUGCCUAUGGAUAUGACUAAUGACGAUAAGGAUAAUGAUGAAUGGGAUGACUACUCUAUGAUUUUAGGAUAUGAUGUUUCUUUGGAUUCUUCCUUUUAAUGUUUCUGGUCUAAUCUCUACUAUCUUUCUUGAUAUUCUUCUUUCUUUUUUAACUCCUUUGUAUUUUUAUGAGAAUUUUUUUUUGUUUUGUUUUGUUUUUUUAUAAAGGACUUUAUGAGAACUGACUCACUGAGGGAUUCAUCUAUUAUGUAACAAGAAUAGAAAUAAGUUACUAAGCAAAUUUCAAAUAA